GAAGUCAAUAGUAUUGGCGUUUGUUUUGCUGAUUACGGUUUGCCAUCGCAUGAGUAUCGCAUCCAAUCUACCAAUGGAUCGCUUAAGACUGUGCAUUCAGAAUUGCGGUCAAUGUAAGGCUAUGUACGGCCAGUAUUUUCUGGGCAAACAGUGCGCCCAACACUGUCUGGAUAACAAGGUGUUGCUGGAAUCGGGUGAGCUACAGGUGCCCGACUGUAAUUCACCACAUUCUAUACUACCGUAUAUCAGAAAACUGAUCGAUGACAUUGAUGUUAAGCAAGAUGUUAUUUAAUUUGAUUAAUGUAGUCAAC